GUGCCAAGUCACUGAUGCCGCAGUUAAUGUUCAACAUGGGAAGUUCAUCCUUCUGGCCCAAUCGAUCUGGCCCGAUUUAGCAAUUGUGUGUUCGAACGAUCGUGUGUUCGACUUUCGCAUGGUCGCUCACCCUUGUUUCAACAUUCGACCUUCAGCGUUUUCAACUCAGACCUCUCUGCUACCUGUUGUUAGGGAUACAACAGGAUGGAAUCGCCUUCCGUGCCAGCUCGGAUGUUCGAGAUACCAGACGACCUAUCUGACUUUUUAGAAGAUUCUGAGGGCAUGGCUCUCAUCUGGACCAACUUAGUGCCAUUGUUCAAAAGCCAUGGAUAUCUAUUAUACCCUCGAGAACCGCUUAUUACUCUUAAACGUUCGGACUUCACUCCUUACACGCUUUCUAAGGAUCCCGUGAUGUACCCAUUUGCUUACGCCUCGGACAGGAGACUACAGGGACGAUUGAUCCAACUACUGAAGCCUACUCUCUUUCUCGGAAUCAAUGAUUCGCAGAGGGAUAUUGUCAUCAAGCUCCUUUUCAAUAAUAGCGAAGAACAAGAGGCUGCCAUCCUCAAACGACUCAUGUCAGAGCCACUCCGCUCUGACCCGCUAAACACUGUAGUACCCAUACUUGAUUUAUUAUCAUACAACGAAAGGUAUUCGUUCGUUGUAAUGCCUAGGUGGGGCUCGGCAUACAGCCUCCAUACGCGUGGCUUUGACUGCCUAGGAACUGCUUUCGAGUUUACACUAUGUGUAUUGAAGGCUUUGACGUUUCUGCAUAAAAACCUCAUAGCGCACAGGGAUAUCAAACUGGACAACGUAUUGAUUAACUGCUACAACACAGAACAGUAUGACUUCGACUAUCGACCGUUUUUCAGGUCACAACGCACCAGAUUUGUGCUCUGCGACUUUGGCGAAUCCAUCAUGUUCCCUCCAGACACCCCGCCUUCUGCUCGCCUCUGUCCUGCAUCUGAGAGUGAUAUAGGUACAUGUCGAUAUCACCCACCUGAUGCAACAAAUGGUGCAGAGAUGUAUGACCCUUUCGCAUUCGAUGUGGCGUGUUUGGGCGGUCUUCUAUGUGAAGUCAUCGGUUAUAUGACUCCACUUGCACCUUUACUGGCACCGUUUCUUGAUCGCAUGAUUACUCUCGAUCUUACUACUCGCUAUACGGCGGCGGAGGCGCUUCAGGCAUUUAUUGAAUUGAUGAAAAACUAUUCCACUGAUCACCUUGCCACGCCCGCUCCUGAUCCUCCAGAGCGCGGUUUCUUUGUUUGGCAAGCUCAUGACCGGUGGACAGGUCUUCCAGAGGACUUUGUGCGAGAGCAUACCCGGAAUCAUACACCCGUGAAGCCGAAACGGAAGAUCCAACUUUUGACUGGUACAACUUAUUUCAUCGACGGUGAUGCUGUUGAUUAUGGAGAAUCAGGAUCGUCGGCUUGAUAGAACCAUAUCGUGCAAUGUUUAUCACGUUCAUCAAUUAUGAAUAUAACAGGUAGCGAAUUCACAGUGCGCACUGCAUGCAUGGAACAUUGUGCAUUUAGGUUUACUCUGGUC